ACGAGAGUAAUCAACUACCGCUUGUGAUUGAUCUUUUACUUCGGUCUUUUUUACUGUUAAGCUAGCAAGUUUAUAGUUGGCCGAUGGUCGCUUCUUAUCUUCCCGUUUGCUAAUACAACUAUUCAGCUAUGAAUUUCGCUUUUGUCUUACGUUCAUCGGCCACGGGACUAGGUUGAACGGCGACUUUUGGAGAUCACCGUCAUAUUAUGUCCUGGGCAACAUCGUAAGACUAACAGGUGAACAGGUUUAGCUACCGUUAGCCAUGGCCCUGUCCUGGUUGACAUGACAACUUUCCCGACCUGCUGAUGAUCCGUGUGUCAUCCCUGUGAUAUUCCUGCCCGGUGGACCAUCUUAAACAUCACAGCAUGGAUGAGGAGUCUGUAGACCAAGUGUCCAACCUGUCUCCUCUUCGCCACAACGCUGGAGCUGACUGUAACCAUGGUGACCAGAGCUCACUGUUGAGCCAGCGGGAGAUGGUGUUGGAAAACCACGAUCAUCUCCAUCACCGUGAAACACUGGCCUCAAAGGCUUCAGCGGAAGAGAGAGGAGUGUGGUGCGAGUCUGAUGUCCCUGUAGUACAACAGAACAACCUCGACAACACAACAUCAUCCACUAAGAAGUCUUUCUCCUGCUCUGUGUGUGGACGACUCUUCACUACAAAACAGUCCCGGGUCCGACACAUGAAGACCCACACGGGAGAGAAGCCGUUCCACUGCACCGUGUGCGGGAAGAGCUUCUCUCAGCAGUCGUUCUUUAGGAUACACCAGAAGAGCCACACGGGGGAGAAGUCCUACCGCUGCCUUGCACCUGACUGUGGAAAGAGCUUCUACCAAUCAGGAGCCUUGUUGAGACACGGAAGGGGUCACGCUGAGGGAUCGACUAGACUAAGAGCUGCUGAAGAUGUGCUGCCACACCAACAGGAGCUGCUUGUCCAACAGGACGAUACUAGUAACAAGAAUUCUAAACUUCAGGCUGUAGUGGAUGUGCUGCCAGAGCAAGAGGAUGUCCGUCUGACCCAAGGAUACAGUCCUGCCCCUCCUCCCAGCUCCGUCCCCUCUACACCGGGAGGACUACCUGUCCAACACCAGCAGAACCACAACAACACUUCCAACACCUGUCAGAAGUGCGGAGAGCAGUUCUCUACCUUCUACAAGCUGCGUGUCCACCUGACCACCCACAGGGGAGAGAAGCCCUUCUCCUGUCCAGACUGUGGUCAACGCUUCUCAGCCCGGGGCUACAUGGAGUCACACCAGAGGGUACACAUCAAGGAGAGAUCACACCCCUGCCCCGACUGUGGUAAAAGGUUCCUCUCACUGGGAGACCUGAAGAGACACCAGCAGAGCUUCUCCGAGGAGAGACCGUACAGCUGCUCCGAGUGCAGGAAGAGUUUCACCCAGCCGGGGUUCCUAAGGGCACACCAGAGGACACACACCGGGGUAAAAGGUUACCGCUGCCCCUACUGUCACAAGGACUUCUUCACUGCCUCCAGUCUGAGGAGACACAGGAAGCAGGCGCAUGCGGAAGAGACCGUCACGCUGCCCCCUAGUGGUGGACUCCAGCUGUCACAUGCUGGAGAGAGCCUGGGUCAAGCUGAAGCUGGUGUACCAGGACUGAAGGUCAUAGUGAAGGAGGAGGAGGAUCCUGCUUUUGGAGACAGUUCUAACAACCAUCACUCUGAGACUACUGAGGAGAGUCUCCCUGCAGCCGUAGAGCAUAAACAACAACAACAACAACAACAACAUAAACAGCAUCACAGCUGUCACAGAAGAGUCCACUCCUGCCUUGUGUGUGGAAAGGAGUUUCCCAUUGCAUACAAGCUACAAGUCCAUAUGAGAAUCCACACUGGAGAGAAGCCUUACUCCUGCUCUGUGUGUGGGAAGAGCUUCGCCCAGAAGGGGAGCCUGACGCUCCACCAGAUCGUCCACACCGGAGAGAAACCUUACUCCUGCCCCGACUGUGGGAACACCUUCUCCCAGAUGAUCAGCCUGAAGAGACACCAACUGCUGCACACAGGAGAGAGACCGUACAGCUGCUCCGAGUGUGGGAGAAGCUACACCCAGCAGAGAAACCUGAGGUGUAACCUAUGCUUUUUAUUUAUCAAUUAUACGGUUUACAUGGUCAUUUCAAGUAGUCAGAAGUGUUUUUUUGUAAAAAAAAAUGAUCUACUUUUAUCUUAUCUUAGGGCCCACCAGCUGAAGCACACCGCAGAGAGACUUCACCGCUGCUCUGUGUGUGGGAAGAGCUUCUUCACACCCUCAGGACUCAGGGAUCACCAGAGGUCUCACACAGGAGAGAAACCAUUCCCUUGCUCUGUGUGUGGGAAGAGCUUCUCACGGCCUGGUCCCCUGAGAGAACACCAGCAGACUCACACAGGAGAUGGUGGACAGGUGGAGCGAGACCGCGGCAAGGACCCUGGUGACCGAUCGAGACCCAAACCCAAAGAGUCCCUGGGUGAAACUCUGGGACUGAAAAUUAUAGUUGAAGAACUGAAGAAAGAAGAGGAGGGGAAGGAGGCGAGAGGAGAAGAGGAUGAGGAAGUUGGUGGUUUGAUCAAUUCCGACGGAGAGGAAGUUGGUCACGUUUCUCUUUCUAGAAAAAGCCCUGUCCCAGGCUUUGUUAGCGGUGAGAUUCCCUCUACAUCAACAGAACCUGAACAACACCAAAAAAUCCAGGAGAAACGAUACAGAACCAAGAAGCAUCACCUCUGCUCGGUGUGUGGAAAGGAGUUCCCUAAACCAUCGAAGCUAGUUGCACAUCUCCGCACACACAGUGGAGAGAAACCCUUCCGCUGCUCCGUGUGCGGUAGAGGUUUCUCCACGGGGGGUAUCACCCUACAGAGACACCUUCUGACGCACACAGGGGAGAAACCUUACCACUGCUCUGUCUGUGGGAAGAGGUUCAUCCAGCGAGGGAAUCUGUUAAAACACCAGAAGGUACACACUGGAGAGAAACCUUACUCCUGCUCCGUGUGUGGCCGGAGUUUCCCUCGAUUUGAGCGUCUGAAGGACCACCAGCGGACACAUACGGGAGAGAAACCUCAAUCUUGCGAUGUCUGUGGGAUGAGGUUCUCCUACGCAUCCUCCCUCAAGGUCCAUCGCAGGAUGCACACCGGGGAGAGACCUUACCAGUGCUCUGUCUGUGGGGAGAGCUUCAACUCAACAGCAAACCUGAGGAAACACAGACAGUCCCACACUGGAGAUAAAGGGUCUGCUAACAUGAAGAGGGGUCGGCUCCUGAGGUCGUCCCACACUGGAGAGGGGUGUGCUGCUGUUACUGGAGGAUUUCAGACUGCUGGAGGUGAUGCUCUGGGAACCGUGGUCAAAGAUAAAAGCUCUCUGGGUCCUGACCAAGGCCAUGGUGAAGGCUGCAGUCAAACAUCUACCAUAUAUAUCGAUAGUAAAGAAGAAGAAGUGGAGGAGGAGGAGGAAGUUGGUGGUUUGAUAAAUUCCGAAGGAGAAGAAGUUAAUUGGGAUUACCUCAGUCCUGGAUCUUCAGCAUUGCAGGGACCGAAGUCAGUUUCUGAAAAGUUUGAGAACCAAGUUGAAGAUGAUGAUGAUGAUGUGGAAGAAGAGGAAAUUGGUGGUCUAAUCAAUUCAGACGGAGAAGAAAUCGGUUGGGAUCGUCAUCGUAUCAGACAGCGUGUCAGCCGUCCUUCUGACAGCGAGGAGAGUCCCUCCGCAUCAGGAGAACCUGAACAACACCAGGAGGAUCACAACAACACCAGGAGGAUCACAACAACACCAGGAGAACCUGAACGACACCAGGAGGAUCACAACAACACCAAGUCUCACCACUGCUUUAGAUGUGGGAAAGACUUCGCCAACAUCUCUAACCUGCGGCGACACCAGAAGAGACACUCAGGAGAGAGUUCCGAACACAGAUCUGACAGCGAAGCCAGGAAGUCCCACUGCUGCCCAGAAUGUGGAAGAGACUGUAAGAAGCUAUCAGCUCUACAAAAACACAUGAAGAUCCACACAGGAGAGAAGCCGUACCCUUGCUCCGUGUGUGGGAAACAGUUCCGUGAAAGAACAGCCCUCCGCGACCACCAGAAAGUGCACACGAGAGAAAAACCUUACCCUUGCCCCGACUGUGGGAAGAGGUUUGCUCACUCAGGAGCUAUGAAGAGACACCUGCUGACGCACACCGGAGAAAAACCUUACUCCUGCUCUGUGUGUGGGAGGAGCUACACCCAGAUAGGGCGACUGAGAGAACACGAGCGAACACACAGCGAUGAGAAACACGACUGUUCCGUCUGUUGGAGAAGCUUCGCCAAAGCUAAGGCCCUCGUCGCUCACUUCAGGACCCACACUGGAGAGAGACCCUACAGCUGUGAGGAGUGUGGGAAGAGCUACGUACGAACCCAGAACCUCCGAGCCCAUCAGAGGAAAAGUCACAGCAGCUCACUACCAAACCCUGGGACUGAGACCGGGGAAACCCUGGUUGCAGGGGUGAAGAGUGAAGAGGAUUCUAUUAGUAUCAGUGAUGAAGAGGAAAAGGAGUUGAUGCUAGCAGGGUGGAGGAAAACGAGGACUAGCCUUUCACAUUAGGAUAGAUUCCUCUUUGUGCUGACCAUCUCUAGACACCGAAUGAAUGGAAUGGACCAGAGCAAGGACUAGCCAACCACAUAGGAUUUUCUGCAUCCAAAAUGGUACCCUAUUCCCUAAAUACCAGGUCCUGGUCAAAACUAGUGCACUAUAUAUAGGGAAUAGGGUGUCAUUUAAGAUGUAGAUAGAAUCUGUGGUGAUGAUCUGUAGACAAAGAACCAAUAGAAUGGACUGUAGUUCUAAUUUCCACCAGCGGAGGGUGAGCAAAGUCUGACAAAAAUUAUUAGUGUUGAGAAAUUGAGUUUUAUCUAAAACAUACUUUUAGUCAUGUAGUGUAUGUGGACACCUGCUCAUCUAACAUCUCAUUCCAAAAUCAUUGGCAUUAAUAUGGAGUCGGUCCCGACUUUGCUGCUAUAUCAGCCUCUACCUCUUCUGGGAAGGCUUUCCACUAGAUGUUGGAACAUUGCUGCGGGGACUUGCUUCCAUUCAGCCACAAGAGCAUUAGUGAGGUCAGGUACUGAUGUUGGGCGAUUAGGCCUGUCUCGCAAUCUGCGUUCCAAUUCAUCCCAAAGGUGUUCGAUGGGGUUGAGGUCAGGGCUCUGUGCAGGCCAGUCAAGCUCUUCCACACUGAUCUGAACAAACCAUUUCUGUAUGGACCUACCUUUGUGCACGGGGGCAUUGUCAUGCUGAAACAGGAAAAGGCCUUCCCCAAACUGUUGUCACAAAAUCGGAAGCACAGAAUCAUCUAGAAUGUCAUUGUAUGCUGUAGCGUUAAUAUUGGUAGCGAACUUUACACCACUCUGCCCGACGCUUGGUAUUGCGCAUGGUGAUCUUAGGCUUGUGUGCGGCUGCUCGGCCAUGGAAACCCAUUUCGUGAAGCUCCCGACUAACAUUUAUUGUGCUGAUGUUGCUUCCAGAGGUGAUUUGGAACUCGGUAGUGAGUAUUGCAACCGAGGACAGGUGAUUUUUUACACACUUCAGCACUCUGCGGUCCUGUUCUGUGAGCUUGUGUGGCCUACCACUUUGUGGCUGAGCCGUCUUUGCUCCAAGAAGUUUCCACUCCACAAUAACAGCACGUACAGUUAGUUGAAAUGUGGCAUCCUAUUACGAUGCCACAUUGAAAGUCACUGAGCUCAUCAGUAAGGCCAUUUUACUAGUUUGUCUAUGGAGAUUGCAUGGCUCGAUUUUAAACGGAUGUGACUUAAAUAGCCGGAUCCACUAAUUUGAAGGGGUGUCCACAUACUUUUGUAUAUAUAGUGUAUAGAAGGGUUGUCUUUUAUUUUUUUUAAACUGCAUUGUUGGUUAGGGGCUCGUAAAUAAGCAGUUCACUGUAAAGUCUACAUCUGUUGUAGUCAGCGAAUGUGACUAAUACAAUUUGAUAGUCACGAAAAUUAUGUGUGCAAGUCGAUGUGGCAGAAGGCCAUGAGUUGUUAUGAUUCUGAACGUCAUAUAGCAAAGCAACAAUGACAAGAAGCUGCCAUAGUGCCAUCUUGUUCUCGAUACCAUGUCUUGUUUUGACUGAUGUCUCAUCUACGCUAAUGUGGCUAAAAUUCACUAGCUAGCUAACCAACAACUCUAACGAUGUAUUGAGCGACUUGAACAAGUGCUCAUUGUGCAAAUGUAUUGGUUUUCAAAAAAUAUUUGAAGAAUAAAAAUAUAGUUUACAUAUUGUCAACAA